AUGGUUAGGAUUGUCGUUGUUGGCGCAGGUGUCGUUGGUUUGACAUCUGCGUUAGAGUUGUUGAAAGACAAAUCCAAUGAAAUCACUAUUGUUGCACAACAAUUUCCUACGGACUAUAACCAUUCAACUAUUUACACCUCACCGAUAGCUGGUGCAAAUUGGCAUUCAUUCGCCCCAAAAGAGGAUAAAUUCACCCAAGAAAUAGAUAUAGUCGGCUACUACAAAUUCAAAGAGCUCUCAAGAAUUCCCGAAUCUGGAGUGACGUCUCGUAAAGAAAAAUUUUAUGUUACCUUGGAUAAGUUCUAUAACGUUUAUUCGGGAAAGAAAAUGCUACCAUGGUAUGCACACGGUGAAUUUGCAAAACUCAUAAAUUUUAGAGAACUCGAAGCAGGUGAGUACAGUAGAGACAAGUUUGCAUAUGGCUUUGAAUUUGAUGGGUUUGUUAUUCGGACAAGCUAUUACAUGACAUACCUAAUCAAUGAGAUGUGGAGACUUAGCGGCAGCUACGAAAUGACUAAUUCAAGGUUUAACUUGCGUCGUAAGAGUAUCAAAAAAUUAUCUGAUGCGUUCGAUCUGCAUCAUAAUGGUAAAGCAGAUUUGGUCGUUAAUUGUACAGGACUAUUGGCACGUGAUUUGGAUGAUAUUGGGAAGAUAGAGAAAACAAAGAUGUAUCCAGUUAGGGGUAUUGUUUACAUUGUAGAAAAUAAUACCGGAAUGAAGGAUAAUACAUUUGUUGAUAUAUUUGACAUUGAACAUCCAGAUGAGAGGAUGUACUUUAUGCCCAGAAGGGAGGGUGAGCUUCUUAUAGGAGGUGUAUUUGAAGAAGAAAAUGAAUCACAGUAUGCUGACCCGGGAUUUUUAGUUCGAUUGGUUUCGAGGUGUAACAAGUAUCUCCCACAAUUUGACUGGGAUAACAUAAAAGUGAUUAGAACACAAGUCGGCUAUAGACCAUUCAGGAAAGGUGGGUAUAGAAUUGAAAAGGUAGGUGACAUAGUUCAUUGUUAUGGUAUGGGUGCUGCCGGUUUUCAAUCAAGUUGGGGAAGUGCAAACAAGGUUGUAGGUCUUGUAUCCGGUUCAAAACCGAUUAAAAGUAAAUUUUAA